AAAGCUCUCCCCAUUGACAAUUCAGAUUUUGAUAACUUUGUAAGCACGUGUGCCAGAAAAAAUUUAUAAAAUCCUACGGAGUUACAUAUUUAUUUCUGAUUUAUUUUUUGACUCUAGAAGAUGGCUCAAUUGGUAGCAAAGGCCAAAGUGCUGGUCAAUCAACUCAUUGUGGCUGGUCGUCCCAAGUUUGAGGAAUUCUUGAAGUAUGCCAAAGUGGAGCUAACUCCACCGAUGCCCGCUGAUUUCAAGACUCUGAAGAAAACCGCCGAAGCUACCGCCAAGGAGGCCAAAAACGUCAAGAACGCUAAAGGAAAGGCCCAAAGGCUGGGCCUCGGCCAGGUUAAGGUUAGGGAUGCCUGGUUGAACAUCCUGGUCACCGUCGAGGUGAUCACCUGGUUCUACAUGGGCGAGGUCAUCGGACGCCGUCAUUUUGUCGGCUACAAGGUCUAAAGACUGGUCGCGACUCUGUUUUCCUUAUUUUUGCGUUUUUGUAUGCAAAUAUUUGCAUACAUAUAUUUUCUGUGACCAGGUGGUGCUGCUGCACCAUUAUAACUAUAUACCAACUCAAUAAAGCGGUGCACAGUUCAGCAUUACAA